AAUGUCUCAACGACGACGAUAACAACAACAACAACGAGAGAGAGAAACUACCAAAUCGCUUCCGAGAGGAAGGAGACGUGACGCGAGCGUGACGCUGGAACAACCACCGGGUCACAAUCCACAAACCACACACACACAGCGAGAGUGAGCAGAGAUGAUUGCUGGCCACAGCCACGAGAGGGCAGUAUAGGGCCGGAGUUUAAAGUCCUGUAGGGCCGGAGUCAGUAUAGGGCCGGAGUUUUUAGUUUUGUAGGGCCGGAGUCAGUAUCCCUUCUCAUUCGCAACUGCGUGGUGUGUGUGGCUCUCUCUCUCUGCCUCUCUCUCCCUCCCAGUGCAGGGCGUGUUCCUUUAAACUUUGAAUGAAAGGGGGACACAAAAAAACUUUUUUUAAAAAACCCAAGAUUCCCGUCUCUUGUCGGCAACUUUAUAAUUGGGCAUUUUAAUUGUUGCCAUUGUGGGUUUAAGCUUUAACCCGACGGCAAGAUGAUGGCAGGCGAAGUCUUGAAUCUCCGGGAUCUGAACCCACAAGAUUUAGAUUGGCUGUGCAUCUAUAAUCAUGACGGAACAUACGAAGAAGAUGCAGCUUCAGAUUAUCUAUUUGAAGACAGCUGCUUGGAUUUAUCGAGCAUUACCGGCCUACAUGACAGUAAGGAGGUCGGCACUGAUGUCGGUGGAUUAAAGCAGCAUCUCAGAGAGAGCGGAGGCUUUGAUGUCGACGAUUAUGACGAUGACGACGACGACGAUGACGACGACGAUGACGACGAUGACAUUGAAGUUACCAUCGGCAACAUCCGCACCGGAACCAAAACCCGCAGCUCUGCUCACAGUGGCAAUCCCGUGAGCCUCAAUAUAAAGACCCAGACCCAGUCGUGUGUCAACACUGCUGCAGCCGGCAAGCAGAAGAAGGGGGUGGACAUGAAUGCCUUGGGGAACAUCGGUGGUGUCCCCGUCCUGGAUUUCAACCUCGACUCACUGGAAGAGAAGCCGUGGAGGAAGCCAGGCACCGACCCAUCCGAUUUCUUCAACUUUGGUUUCACCGAGGAGACGUGGACCACGUACUGCGAGAAGCAGAGGCACCUGCGCAUGGGUCUCGACCACGUCCCCGCCAAAAGCUGCGGCUUCGUGGGCACAACGGCCAACUCGAAGCAGCUGAACAAUGGAGUCUCUAACGAUGUGCAACACCGAAACGAGGUGCACUUUGAUGUAUCCAGGGCCAAAGCCAAGGCUGGCCUACUCUCAGAGAGCAGCAGCAGCACCAGCAGCAGCAGCAGGUACGGGGCGGUGGACGAGAUGGUGCAAGUGAACGGAGGCCUGUGUGAGGACAGCGCGGUUCAGGCCCACGCGCACGUGAUUCCAGAUGGGCUGGAGCAGAUCAUGCAGCAGUUGGAAUUCGAUGUGCACAAGAACGCGGCACAUUUCUUCCCUCCAAACAUAGCUCAUCAGCAGUCCUUCCCUGUGCUGUCACCCACUUUCCUGCCACCCUCUCCUUUCACCUCGGAGGUUUUGCAGACCAUGCAUCAAGCAGGGCACGUGGCUUUCACAGGUAUUUCCCCAUCCAAUUUAUUCGCUGUCCUCAAUGCCGCGGAAAGCUUCCCGAGCUAUGAUGGUGCGAUGGCUCACACGUACGACUACAACACCCUGGGGAUGGGCUACACGCCCAGCCCCGGGCAGACACCACUGGCCUGGCCGUCGUUGCUCAGGAGAUCGGGCGCCGCUGCCGUUUGGGACCUCUACAUGCAGCAGUGUGCCCGCGACGCGGCCCUCGCCGGCCAGAUGAGCGGCGCCAUGCCCGCCACGUGCAACAACGGAGCUCACGGAGGACACGAGGCCGUCGCGUCGAGCUCGGGGGAUUUCGCCGGCGGCCGUGACCAAUGGGAGCAGGCGCGCGGCCAGCACAGGGCGUGGGAGAAGCAGCGUCACGACCGGGACAACAGGGCAGACAGCCGCUGUCAACAGCUCCACAGUUGCAGCCAUCGGCAAGAAGGCGGCGGCGGUGAUGAGGUGACGGCCGCGGGGCACCGCAGACACCGUAAUCACCGGCUCCGGUACAGGGAGGAGCUGGUCGGCUCGGAGGAGCACAGCCUGUGCUGAGGCGGAGCGGCUGGCUGGCCACCGCACCCACUCCACACACCGCACCCAUCGUACGCACCGCACCAACUUCACCCACUCCACACACCGCACCAACU